UCUGCGCCUCCCGCACACAACCGGCUACAUCACAUUUUCAUCCGACUGCAUGUGCCAUACCUGUAUGUUCACAUCAUCAAAUCAUACAAGUCAAUGUGGCUAUUUUCUAAACAUUAGAUUAUUCUUUCCCUUUGGUUCGUUAUAAGGAAGCCUAUACCUAAAAAAUGAGACGAUAAAUAGUUCAACCCACACUUUCUUCAAUUUAUUCACUAAAUCCCUCUUACUGACUUGGCCAUUCGAUCCCAAUCUACCCCUGCUGGAAAGGGUUUACUAGAAUCUCUCACUCCCCAUCGGCAAAAAAGACAUUUUCAAAUGCCCAAAAACAGCAAAGCCGUCAAGAGAGAGAUUGACGAUGACGAAGUUACGGAAUCUGUCAAAGAUUUACUCUCCAAUGAAGAUACCUGUGAGGACUCUUUCAAGAAGAGCUCUCUGACAGUGGGAGAUGUUCCUCAGAAAAAAGAGAAGGAUGCUGAGGAGGGUUCAGAGGAAGAUGAGGAGGAAGAAGAGAGACCCGCAUGGAGCAGCAAACUUCAAUACAUCCUUGCCCAAGUGGGUUUCUCAGUGGGCCUUGGUAACGUCUGGAGGUUCCCCUAUUUGUGCCAGAAAAAUGGUGGAGGAGCAUACCUGAUCCCCUACUUCAUUCUGCUGGUGGUGAUAGGGAUCCCCCUCUUCUUUCUGGAAUUAGCCGUGGGCCAGCGCAUCCGUCGGGGCAGCAUCGGGGUGUGGAACUACAUCAGUCCACGCCUGGGCGGCAUCGGCUUUGCCAGCUGUUUGGUGUGCUUCUUUGUGGCUCUCUAUUAUAACGUCAUCAUCGGCUGGAGUCUCUUUUACUUCUCACAGUCCUUCCAACAGCCUCUUCCCUGGCACGAGUGUCCUCUGGUCAAAAACAAAACCAACACAUAUGUCGAGCCAGAGUGUGAAAAAAGUUCUGCCACUACAUUCUACUGGUAUCGCGUGGCCUUGGACAUCUCCGACUCUAUCGCGGAGGGAGGAGGACUUAACUGGAAGAUGACUUUAUGUCUGCUGUUUGCAUGGACUUUGGUGUGUCUCGCUAUGAUCAAGGGUAUCCAAUCUUCUGGAAAGGUCAUGUACUUCAGCUCUCUGUUCCCCUACGUGGUGCUUAUCUGCUUCCUAGUUCGUGCUUUCCUUCUAAAAGGCUCUGUGGAUGGGAUCGUUCAUAUGUUCACCCCAAAGCUUGAAAUCAUGCUGGAGCCCAAAGUGUGGCGUGAAGCAGCCACGCAGGUCUUUUUUGCCCUGGGUCUCGGUUUCGGUGGCGUGAUUGCUUUUUCCAGCUACAACAAGCGAGACAACAACUGUCACUUCGACGCUGUGCUGGUUGCUUUUAUUAACUUUUUCACUUCGGUGUUGGCAACGUUGGUCGUGUUUGCUGUGCUGGGCUUUAAAGCCAACAUCAUGAACGCCAAAUGUGUGGAAAUGAACACAAGAAAGAUCAUUGAUCUCCUUGGCAAUGAGAUCAAUCCCAGCUUGAUCCCACACCAUAUUAACCUCAGUCAUGUUACCUCUGAGGACUACCAGCAAAUGACCAACAUUAUCCAGGGUGUGAUGGAAAACGAUUACCCACGCCUAGGCUUAGACAACUGCAACAUCAAAGAAGAGCUCAACAAGGCAGUUCAGGGUACAGGCUUGGCCUUCAUCGCCUUUACUGAAGCUAUGACCCAUUUCCCAGCUUCGCCUUUUUGGUCUGUUAUGUUCUUCCUUAUGUUGGUCAACCUGGGACUGGGCAGCAUGUUCGGCACUAUCCAAGGCAUCCUUACGCCCAUUGUGGACACCUUCAAAGUGCGCAAAGAAUACCUUACAGUUGGUUGCUGCGUACUUGCUUUCAGCAUUGGUUUGAUCUUUGUUCAGCGAUCUGGAAACUACUUUGUAGCCAUGUUUGAUGACUAUUCUGCCACUCUGCCUCUCCUCAUCGUGGUUCUCCUGGAAAACAUUGCUGUGGCUUGGGUCUAUGGCACAGACAAGUUCUUUGAGGAUUUGCAAGACAUGCUUGGAUUUACUCCAUAUCGCUUUUAUUACUACAUGUGGAAGUUUGUCACACCCGUUCUGCUGCUGGGGCUUUUGAUCGCAAGCAUCAUCCAGCUGAGUCUAUCACCACCCAGCUACAGCGCAUGGAACCAGCUAAUGGCUAAGGAACAAUCUCUAAACUACCCACCCUGGGGCCUGGCUGUCUGCAUCUCAUUGAUAGUCAUCGCCAUGCUUCCGGUGCCUGUAGUAUUUAUUCUGCGCUUUCUGAACAUCAUUGAUGAGAACGCCGGAGGCCUGUCCACAGUCUCCUAUAAGAAGGGUCGUAUUAUCAAAGAGACCACAUGUAGAACCAGAGAAGAGGAAGAAGAUGCCAGUCUUCUCAAUGCAAAGACACCAAGUGAAGCACCCUCACCCAUGCCAGCCAACUACCGCAAGCAGAGCGGCCCUCCGACGGGCACAGACAUCACUCUUAAUGGUAGCAGUGGAACCGGAUACAUAAUGCCCAAUAUCACUGACAUUCGGGACAUGCCCGAAUCUGAUUUGUGAGACUCUGGUUACUUUCUGGAGGCUGAACUACAACCUUUAAUUUUUUUAUUUUUCAUAAUUUCAUCACAUCUGCUGAAGUGUCUCAUUAACCAAUCAUAAUCAAGCUCCCGCUUCUGUCUGCCCAAUAGUCUCACCUUUUAACCUUUUCUUCUUAAAUCUCUACAGAUCGUUUACACACACUGCUCCAGAAAGUUUCAAAAUGUAUUAUAUCUGUAGCACUAACGCUCCCCGACCCAUCUCCCCAACUGUUUGCACGCACUUAUCCUUCCUGUUUGUUUGUAGGGGCACGUAGACCCCUGGUUUAUGCUCUGCUGUAGAAUGGCUAUUUGUACAGAACGAUUAUGUUGCAAGUCAGGGUAGAUGCUGCCCACCAAAAACGAAAUUAGAAGCAGCUUAGCCGCUUUGGAAAAGUCUAGAAUGUAACGUAUAACGUGGAUAACAUGCAGUACUUUUCGUUUGGAUGUGAUUAAAUCAUUGUGCAUCAGCGUAUGGAUUGCAUUUAAAAACAAACUGUGCCUCAUUCAUUCUCAAAUGUUAGAUUACAAGAUGAAUGUUGUACAUUUAAGGUAUUGUGUAAAUAAUGAACAAAUAACGGAAUAUAGUUUGGAUAACAGACCAUGUUUUUUGGUAAGAAUGGUUUAAAAAUCCAGAUCGCUGACUUUAUGUUUGUAUGUCUGCUGAUGUGCUAUCAUUAUAACAUCUUGUAAAUAUUUUUCAUGAUUUUGCUCAACAACGCAGUAUUUCCUUUCUCAAUACUGAGAUUUUAAAAAAUAAAGUAUUGAGAAAUU